UUGUUGUGCAGGCCAAGAUGGCGGCACAGGCGGCGGCGGCGGCGCAGGCAGCGGCGGCGGCGCAGGCGGCCGCGGCGCAGGCGGCGCAGGCCGAGGCGGCGGAGUCGUGGUAUCUGGCUCUCCUGGGUUUCGCCGAGCACUUCCGCACGUCCAGUCCACCCAAGAUCCGCCUGUGCGUUCACUGCCUGCAGGCCGUGUUUCCCUUCAAGCCGCCUCAGCGAAUCGAGGCCCGUACGCACCUGCAGCUCGGCUCGGUGCUUUACCACCACACGAAGAACAGCGAGCAGGCGCGCAGCCAUUUGGAGAAAGCGUGGUUGAUAUCACAGCAAAUCCCACAGUUUGAAGAUGUUAAAUUUGAGGCAGCAAGCCUGUUGUCAGAGCUAUAUUGUCAAGAGAACUCUGUGGACGCAGCAAAGCCGCUGCUGCGGAAAGCCAUCCAGAUCUCACAGCAGACGCCAUACUGGCACUGCCGCCUGCUCUUCCAGCUCGCCCAACUGCACACACUGGAGAAGGACCUGGUAUCAGCCUGUGACCUCCUGGGCGUGGGGGCUGAGUAUGCCCGAGUGGUGGGAUCUGAAUAUACACGGGCACUGUUCCUGCUCAGCAAAGGGAUGUUGCUGCUGAUGGAGCGCAAACUGCAAGAGGUACACCCACUGCUCACACUCUGCGGGCAAAUUGUGGAGAACUGGCAAGGCAACCCCAUCCAGAAGGAGUCAUUGCGUGUCUUCUUCCUGGUGCUGCAGGUGACCCACUACCUAGAUGCUGGGCAGGUGAAGAGUGUCAAGCCAUGCCUGAAGCAGCUGCAGCAGUGCAUCCAGACCAUCUCCACGCUACACGACGAUGAGAUCCUGCCCAGCAAUCCUGCAGACCUCUUCCACUGGCUGCCCAAGGAGCACAUGUGCGUGCUCGUCUACCUGGUCACAGUGAUGCAUUCAAUGCAGGCUGGCUACCUGGAGAAGGCACAGAAGUACACAGACAAGGCACUCAUGCAGUUGGAAAAGCUCAAGAUGCUGGACUGCAGCCCCAUCCUGUCAUCCUUCCAAGUGAUCCUCCUGGAGCAUAUCAUCAUGUGCCGGCUCGUCACAGGCCACAAGGCCACUGCACUACAGGAGAUCUCCCAGGUCUGCCAGCUAUGUCAACAGUCCCCUCGGCUCUUCUCCAACCAUGCUGCCCAGUUGCACACACUGCUGGGCCUGUACUGUGUUUCCGUGAACUGCAUGGACAAUGCUGAAGCCCAAUUCACCACAGCCCUGCGGCUCACCAACCACCAGGAGCUAUGGGCCUUCAUUGUGACCAACCUUGCGAGUGUGUAUAUACGGGAAGGAAAUAGACACCAAGAGGUACUAUACAGUUUGCUUGAGAGGAUAAACCCAGACCACAGCUUCCCGGUCAGCUCACACUGCCUCCGAGCAGCAGCCUUUUAUGUGCGGGGGCUCUUCUCCUUCUUCCAGGGCCGCUACAAUGAAGCCAAGCGAUUUCUACGAGAAACUCUAAAGAUGUCAAAUGCAGAGGACCUGAACCGCCUCACAGCCUGUUCGCUUGUGCUGCUGGGCCACAUCUUCUAUGUGCUGGGGAAUCACAGGGAGAGUAACAACAUGGUGGUGCCUGCCAUGCAGCUGGCCAGCAAGAUCCCAGACAUGUCUGUGCAACUGUGGUCAUCGGCCCUCCUCAGAGAUCUAAACAAGGCAUGUGGGAAUGCCAUGGAUGCCCAUGAGGCUGCACAGAUGCACCAGAACUUCUCACAGCAGCUGCUGCAGGACCACAUUGAGGCCUGCAGCCUCCCAGAGCACAACCUCAUUACGUGGACAGAUGGCCCACCCCCUGUGCAGUUCCAAGCUCAGAAUGGACCCAACACCAGCCUGGCUAGCCUUCUAUGAGGCCCCUAUGGCCUUUGUCCCCAACUUGGACCCAACACUGGAGCUUUCUGGGAACAAAACCACCAGGGUGUCCACCAACCCCUCACCAUUGUCCGGAGCUGAGUCCCAGUAGUGCUGGAGUCAUCAUCUGCCUCUGAGGUGACAGCCAGUCCCGCCUGUACCAGGAUUCAGUGCCGUCUGUUGGAGAGGACUGAUGACCUAAUCGGGUCUGAGUCUCAUCUGUGAGGAAUAGGAUGACAAUCUGUGUGCGGGGCCAUCAUCAGACUGCUCAACCGAACCUUGGUGCCGACUACCUAAGUACAACUGCACAGAGCAGCCCAGGGCACGCUGAGGGGAGAGCAACGGCCCUCACUUUCCUCAUCCUGCUGUUCUUCCAGUGUCCCUGCACUCAGGGACUUCUGAGGACCUGGAAGUCAGCCUCUCAACCUGACUGCUCCUGGAGGGUGACUCUAGUGCAGGGGAGGAGCUUGGGACAGGGUGUGCAUGUGCAGUUGAUGCAACUGAGACCUUGUGUCCCCACCAUGCCCUCGGCAAGCUCCUUGCUUAUAUUCAGCAGCCACCUCUUGGCUCUGCCUGGGCACUAGGCAGAAGUCCCGCUGGACCUGGACGAAGGAGCUUCCUUCCGGCAGCUGUGUGGCCUUCCCAUGGAGGACAGUCAUGGGACCAGCUUCGCUCCUCCUCCUAGCUUGAGGGCUGCACCAAGGUGACACAGUGAUGUCAAGGGACAAUGGUUCCUGCCAGCUUGUAGUACCUAGGCAGGUGUUCUCUUUGGUGGUGAAGGUGGUGCUUGGGAGCUGUCACCCAGGUACCGUGAAGGCCACUUCUCAGAGCUUUGGAAUCCAUGACUGAAGGGACAAGGCUCCAAGGCCUUGGUGUACAUCCUCACUGAGCCAUGUGGCAGCCACUGCCCACGGCCAGGUGCUCCCUUCCUUUCUGUCUUCCUCCAGCCCUUUGGGUCCCAGGGACCCCCUCAGUGUCUUCAUCACAGUCCUGCCUAUUUAUUUAAGCUUUUUUUUUUU